AUGACUACUCAUAUUAUUAAUCUUCUAACCGAUUUAGAGAAAUUUCCAUCCAAUUCCACCAAAUGGAAUUCAAACGAGGUAGAUGUUGCUAGUAUUUUGUUUUCCGCACAGAAUCAUCCAGAAUGGAUUUCUUCUGAAGUUUCUGUUUUUCCAGUUUCUUCUACCCAAAAAUUGUUUAGGCGUCUCGACGGAGUUUAUUUUAAGCAAGACGGGUAUGAUUGGAAAAGGAGGAAAGAAGGAAAAUUAAUCCGUGAAGAUCAUGUGAAGCUGAAAAUUCAAAAGCAAGAUGUACUUGCUGGCAGCUAUGUGCAUUCAGCCAUCGUUCCCUCUUUUCACCGUCGUGCUUACUGGUUAAUUAAUAACCCUGAAGUCGUAUUUGUUCAUUAUUUAAACGUUCCGUCGGAAGAACGUGAUAGCCAACCGUUACAUAUGCGUAUCGCUCAAACGAUCCGAUCUAGCGGCCUUAAGCUUUCAAGGGCUCAGCUCGAAAUUCAAAUCCAAAAAAUUUUUUUUUCAAUGCACCCUACUGAAAUUAAAAAUCUGAUGGUCAGUGUAUAUGAAAAUCUCAGUCCUUCAAACCAGAUUUGCAAUGCGAAUGAAAAAGCAACUGACAGAAAUAAAUUUAAAUCGAGACAUGCAACACUGGAGAAAAGUAAUAGUUGUAGCAGUACAGUGAAUACACCAAUUGCAAUACGGCGGCAGCCUUCAUCUAAUAGUGAUAUUCUUGUCAGACAAAUAGAAAGAAAUGAUCGGGGUCAAAGUUCACUGAAGAAUGUAAAUUGUGAUUUUCAAAAAUGUAUUUCAUAUUCAGUACCAUGCUCGAUGGGGCGGUUUGUCGAAUCCGAUUCUGUUGUUUCCUCAUUUUCGGUUAUUGAUGACUUAUCUGCUUCCAUAUCUACUGCUUUGACUCAGUCUUCAAAUCGAUCUGAAUGCGUAUCACUUCUUACUGAAAUCGUGGAUUACUCACCUGAUAGCGUUCAUGUUGUGGGGGGAACGAAAGUGUUGUUGGUGGGAGGGUGGUAUCUCCGUGACCACAAUUAUGCGGUGGUGUUCGGUGAUAAAAUGGUACCUGCUACUUUAUGUCAAGCUGGUGUCAUACGUUGCUUUGCUCCUCCCAACAAUGUUGGGAAAAUUGAAGUAACAGUUUUUUGUGAUGGUAUGCUUAUAUCUCACCCUGUUUAUAUCGAUUAUUACGAUAGUACCAGUCGUAAGGAAAAAGAAAUGUUGAUGAUUAUGCUUUAUAAAAGGAUUUCAUUUAUUCGAUCCUAUUUCAUAAUGGAUCAUUUAGCAAAUGAUUAUAAUUUGUCAGAUUUACAAACUGAAGAUGAAAUAUUGAAUAUAUGCAAGGAAAUGAUGCGUUAUCAGCUAAAUCCAUCUCUUCUCGAACAAUCUUCGACAAAUAAUGUUGCUUUUACUAUUUUGCAUGUUUGUGCGGCCCUUGACUUUCAUCGCAUUUUUCAAAUUAUUUUGCACUGGGGGUCGAAGGUACCAUUGACUAAUAGUAUUCGAGAUUUUGAUGUUGUGGCAAGGGAUGCGAGAGGACGUACUCCAUUGCAUAUUGCUGUAUUACAUUCGAGCAUCGAGUGCGCGAAAUUGAUUCUGUCAUUUUUUCCAAACGCUGCUGAUGUCAUUGAUGAUUUCGGCGAAACAUCACAAGAUCUUGCUCUUAAUUUGGGAAAUCAUGAUAUUUUGGAAUUAUUUUCAAAUGGCUUACAAAAAAAGAACGAGGUAAAUGAUAUGACAAUUGAAGCCACUGAACUUCCUAAUCCAACUGCGCUUUGGGUAAUGACCAACGGCGAAGUUGUAACAAAUGAACAACUUCUAUUGCCUUGCAUGCAAUCAGCAACUGAAAAUGUUGAACAACGUGAAAAUUCAUUAGAUUCGACGAAGAUGAGUAGUGCUUUUUCGGAUGUUGAAUCGUUUGAUUCAUAUGCUUCUUCGCAUAGUUCUCAUCUUUGUUACCAGAAUGGCGUCAAUAAUUGGAUAGACAGUUCAGUGGAAACACCUGUCACCGACCUUUGUAAUGUAGCUAAUAUUUGGGAGGGUGUGACAAAGUAUAAUGGCACGGAGAAAGGUAACAAUCGUGAGCGUAUUGCUAACCUUGCACAGCAAAUAAUCGAUGCUUUACCAGCAAGAAUAAAAGCUUCAAAAAUUUCUCUUGAUUCAAAUGGAUUGGAUGAUCUAGUCGAAAAAUCAGCUCCCUUAUCUUCAGGACUUUCAUGUAACUCGAAAAAUCCAUUUCUUCAGAGUGCUUACCCAGAUGCCACUGAUUGGGAGGAACUAAUGACUCCUCUGGAUGAUGUUUAUAGACUUAACCAGUCGUCAUUGCUUGAACAAGAAGUAUCUUCCGAAAACGUUGGACUUAUGAAUUUAUUCGGCGCAGAUAAUGGCUCAUCAUCUGUAUUCGAUCGAUCAUCAUCAGCUUCGAAUAAUCUGAUGCAUCAUCAGACAUCUUCCCGAGAUAUUGUGACCAGAAUUGAAGAACAGUACAUCAGAGAUUUGGGUGAUUUUUUUAAUACAGAAGGAAUGAUUGGUCCUAUUGAGGAACAUUUUCAAAAUCUGAGGUUGUCAGGUAAUUUUUGGUAG